AUGAUAGCAGCAAAUCCUCAGCAGCAAUCGUGUGCUCAAUCGCGUGCAAAUUCGGGUAUAAGUCAUCACGAAGAAAUGAACGGUGUCUCAACUCCCUCCAACGUAAACGGCACAUCCACCCAUCCAAACCCCCAAGAUUCAGCGGACAAGCAGGAGGCGCCCCACUGCGACGAUUCAACGAAGACGCCAAGCCGUAUGUCGGGCUCAAUGUUGAAAUCCGUCGGUACUGAAAAUUCCGUUAACGUAGUUGAGGAUCAUGCUAUCGACGAUGAGAGCGUCGACGACGAUGAGGACGAAGAGGAGGAGGACGAGGAGGACGAUAUGGUUGGUAAUAGUAGUAAUGGUGGCGCAAGAGUAGUGGACACUAGUGUUGGCGGUAUGGGAUCAAUGGGUGGUGGUAUAGGUGCAGGAGAGCACGAAACGUCGGCGCGUGGAAUGGAAACGAUGGAGUUGAGUGGUGGGGGUGCCGGUGGAGGCGGCAUGGGCGGCUACUGGAGGCACAGCAGACCCUCCAGUCCCCGCAUGCCGCCUCCUGAGCAGCCUGAGCAAAGGCCGAAGAGCCGACACGAUAGUCUCUCCAAUACAACAACGAGAUACAACAAUCUUGGAUACUGGAGGGCUCGACGUGUCACAUUUUAUAAGAAUGGUGAUCCUUAUUUUCCAGGAGUUGAAUUCAGGUUCAAGCCCGGACGUGACAUUGGCUCGCUCGAAGCCCUCCUCGAUCGACUCUCCCUGCGUCUCGAUCUGCCCAGGGGUGCUAGGCACAUUUUCUCCAUGGACGGUGACAGAAAACUCAAUCUCGACGAACUCGAGGACGGGGCGUCCUACGUUGUCUCCAGUUACAAGACUUUUAAGCCGGCGAGCUACGGUAAAAAGAGCAAUACAUGGUACACACCACCAGGAGGUACCGGUGGAGCAGCGAGUAGAACUGGCGGAGGUACCGGUGGAGCAGCGAGUAGAACUGGCGGUGUGGGUAACUGGCAGAGUAGACCAUCAGCGGUAGCGAGUCUGAGCAGGAAGGCUUCAAUCACUGACGAGGCACCCCCACCAGGCGGUGGUAAGCCCUCCUCCGGUCGGGUCAUCAGGAUCGUCAACAACCUAGAUCAUACUGUCCAGUGCCGUGUACUCCUCAAUCUGCGCACAUCGCAGCCGUUCGAGGAAGUACUGGAGGACCUCGGUCAGGUGUUGAAGAUGAACGGGGCCAAGAGAAUGUUCACAGUAUCGGGGCAGGAGGUGCGGAGUUUCUCACAAUUGAGGAACGACUUUGCGGAUGUAGACACAUUUUAUUUGGGUACCGGAUCAUCCAUGGGGAUUGGGAGUACGACAAUGAAUGUCACAUCGCCGGCUAGGAGAUCUAGAUCGAGGGGGCCAUCGACAGUAUCACUGACUGGAGCUGGGGAGGAUAUUGGGAGGCAGAGGAGAGCACGCAGCAAGAGUAGACCACGAGCUCUUUAUGCACCGGAUUCUGAGGUCGUUCGAGUUAAUGAUUACAGUGUAGUUGAAGUACUACGCGAUGAGCCUGCCAAAGUAACAAUUCGCGGCCUCAGACGUUCCUUCUAUCCCCCUUCACACCUUCCCCUAGUGGACAAUUCCCCACCCGACAAGAAGCUCCAACUUGAAUGGGUCUAUGGAUAUCGAGGAACCGACACGAGACGAAAUCUCUGGGUUCUCCCCAGCGGAGAACUUCUGUAUUACGUAGCUGCAGUGGCUGUCCUCUUCGAUCGAGAGGAGAAUUCGCAGCGUCACUACAUCGGGCACACUGAGGACAUCACCUGUAUGGAAGUUCAUCCCAGUAGGGAAUUAGUGGCGUCGGGACAAAAAGCCGGAAGGCACAGGAAAGCACAGCCACACGUUCGCAUUUGGUCAACAGAAACUCUAUUGACUCUUUAUGUUUUCGGAAUGACAGAGUUUCAGAUGGGUGUGUCAGCUCUGGCUUUUUCACAACUUAAUGGCGGUAGUUAUGUCCUCGUUGUUGAUGCUGGAAGGGAAGCUAUUCUAUCAGUUUGGCAGUGGCAAUGGGGUCAUUUACUCGGCAAAGUGGCGACAUUACAAGAAGACUUGACCGGCGCAGCCUUUCAUCCUCUCGACGACAAUCUCCUUAUAACCCACGGUCGUGGCCACUUAACGUUCUGGAACCGGCGCAAAGAUGGAUUCUUCGAGCGCACCGACAUAAUAAAACCACCCUCACGAACGCACGUGACCAGCAUUCAAUUCGAGCAAGAUGGUGACGUAGUGACAGCAGACUCCGACGGAUUCAUCACGGUUUAUUCAGUGGACGCGGAUGGUGCCUAUUUCGUUCGAAUGGAGUUUGAGGCCCAUAACAAGGGCAUAAGCUGCUUGGUGAUGCUCUCAGAGGGGACUUUGCUUUCUGGUGGGGAGAAAGACAGGAAAAUUGCGGCAUGGGACUCUUUACAAAAUUACAAACGGAUUACGGAUACUAAGUUACCAGAGGCAGCUGGUGGUGUGCGCAGUAUUUACCCCCAGCGACCAGGGAGAAACGACGGCAACAUCUACGUUGGUACAACACGAAAUAACAUACUCGAGGGCUCACUACAACGUAGAUUCAAUCAAGUUGUGUUUGGCCAUGGUAGACAGUUGUGGGGACUCGCUGUACAUCCGGAUGACGAGGUCUUUGCCACUGCAGGACACGAUAAAAAUAUUGCACUGUGGAGGAGGCACAAAUUGUUGUGGACGACGCAGGUGGGCUUCGAGUGCAUUUGCAUUGCUUUUCAUCCAUUCGGGGUGGCGCUCGCUGCUGGCUCGUCAGAAGGUCAUCUUCUUGUACUUGCGGCUGAUACCGGCGCUGCUGUCGCGACGCUCAGGGUCUGCGGUUCGCCUAUAUCUUGUAUUGGAUAUAAUCCCACUGGAGAGAUGAUAGCCAUGGGAUCGCAAAACGGUAGUAUCUACCUGUUCCGAGUAUCGAGGGACGGUUUCUCCUAUAAGAAGAGCAAUAAAAUCCGAGGCACUCAGCCAUUGGUUCAACUGGACUGGAGUUCAGAUAGCAGAUUCCUCCAGACAGUCACUCAAGAUUACGAUCUUGUAUUUUGGGAUGUGAAAGCGCUGCAGUCGGAAAAGAGUCCGAUAGUGAUGAAGGAUGUGAAAUGGCACACUCAUAACUGCACCGUUGGAUAUACGGUUUCGGGAAUGUGGAAUAACCGUUACUACCCACUGACAACGGUACUGACGACCGCAAGUCGUUCAGCAGCUCACGAUAUGCUCAUAAGCGGCGAUGCCGAGGGUUACCUCCGUCUCUUCAGAUAUCCAUGUACCAGUGCUAAAGCCGAGUACCUCGAGGAAAAGGUCUACAGUUCGCUAGUUGCAUGUGCACGUUUCCUCUACAACGAUCAAAAUGUUGUGACCGUUGGCGGGACUGACGCUGCGCUCAUGCUGUGGGAAUUGGUCGAUGAAUAAUCGUAAAAUGAAAACUACAACGUAAUGGAAGUAAUGGAACAUCGAAUCGAAUGAGCACAAUCUCCGGCGCCGGCUAUUCGUGAAGAGCCGACUGGUUCAUUGAGACUUGAAUACCCGUCGGGCGUAACUGCCUUUUAUCUUAUUUAUUUAUUCAAUAGAAUAUUUUCGGCGCAGUGAAAUUUGGUCAUUAUUUCUCAUUGUCAUGACUCAUCGAUCCACAAUUCUACCGUACAAAUGAAUUCCAAAGAAUUCAAUCUCCAUACAAUGGAACGUAACAAUUUUUUUAUGAACACAAUGAAAAUUAAUUGACGAAAUUCAUUGAUCGAAGAAAUUUUUGUCAUAAACACAUUUUGGAUUUUGAUGGUUUUAUUAGGAUUAAAAAACCAAGAAGCAUGAAACACGUGAAGUUUUUUUUGGUGAUGUAACAUAAAUUCUAACAGAAAAAUUGACAGAGGGGAAUUGUGAUUGCAAUGCUGAAUCUACAAUGAAAUUACGAUAAUUUUCGCGAAAAAAACAGUUCGAUAACUGAAUUCGGUGUUGAACUCGUGAAGCUAUACAGAGAAAAAAGUUUCUAGUUUUCGGUAGAAGUCUCUUAACUUCAGAACUAUGUCGUAUUGAAAUCUAGCCCGUAAAAAUCCGGGACAUGAGUGAAACUUUCACUAAUUUUAAGUUAUUGAUAGCGUGGUUAGAAGAGGUCGAAAAAAAGUCAACAAAUUGAUGAUUUUUUAAAAAUACAUUCGCUGAUCUAUCCUAAAAGGCUGUGCGAAUUCUAGGAAGCCUAGAAGAAUGCUGAAAACACAGAAAUUAUGAUAAAAAAUGCAAUUUAAGGAUAUCCAAGUACUUUGUUCAAGUUAGCAUCUUUUUCCUUUUUAAAGCAAGAUUUUAGUUUUGCCGAAAGUCUUGCCAUCCAUAAUUUUCAGGUCUUUCAUUGUUGAAUACAUUUUUUUCGGGAAUUUCUUCAAUGAAUAUUGUGAACAAUAUUCAAUUUCACACUUGACACUCGUUGAUUCGUACGGUAGAGAGUUAAAUUUUGAAUCGUGAAACAGGUUUGUUGAUGAAUUGAACAAAAUAUAUAGAAAUGUUCCGUGGCUGGACGUUAGCUGCAAUAAUUAUGAAAAAUUUAAAUUUUGGAAAAUUAAAAAAUUUCAAUGUAAAAAAACAAUAGACGAUUAGACAUAUCCACUUACCAUUUAUAACGUACACACUCUAGAAAAUAAUUACUUCUGAUAGCGGAUAAAUUAUUAAUUUUUUUAUUCUCAAUC